UGCUUUCCGGCUAUGCUCAGUCCUGUCCGGCCAGUCCCGCCUUGCGCGCCCAUUUCGAGCCCGAGUUUCCAGCUCGACUUUGCACGCUCGAGAACCCGGAACAGAUUUUUCCAGGACUCGGUUCUUGGGCUGUGGCUAUGGGGGCAGGAAUGGCGCAGCUCGAGGGUUACUACUUUUCGGCUGCCCUCAGCUGCACCUUUUUGGUGUCCUGUCUCCUCUUCUCCGCCUUCAGCCGGGCGCUGCGAGAGCCCUACAUGGACGAGAUCUUCCACCUGCCGCAGGCUCAGCGUUACUGUGAGGGCCAUUUCUCCCUCUCGCAGUGGGAUCCAAUGAUUACUACAUUACCUGGCUUAUACCUGCUGUCAGUUGGAGUGGUCAAACCUGCCAGUUGGAUCUUUGGAUGGUCGGAACAUGUUGUCUGCUCCAUUGGAAUGCUCAGAUUUGUUAAUCUUCUUUUCAGUGUAGGCAACUUCUAUUUACUCUAUUUGCUUUUCCGCAAGGUACAACCCAGGCACAAGGCUGCCUCAAGUGUCCAGAGGAUCUUGUCAACGUUAACAUUAGCGGUAUUUCCCACACUCUAUUUUUUUAACUUCCUUUAUUAUACAGAAGCAGGAUCCAUGUUUUUCACUCUUUUUGCCUAUUUGAUGUGUCUUUAUGGAAAUCAUAAAACUUCAGCUUUGCUUGGAUUUUGUGGCUUCAUGUUUCGUCAAACUAAUAUCAUCUGGGCUGUCUUCUGCGCAGGAAAUGUCAUUGCACAAAAAUUAACUGAAGCUUGGAAAACAGAGCUACAAAAGAAAAAGGAAGAGCGGCUUCCCCCUAUUAAAGGACCAUUUUCAGAAUUCAGGAGGAUUUUUCAGUUUCUUUUGGCUUAUUCCAUGUCCUUUAAGAAUUUGAGUAUGCUUUUCCUUUUGACUUGGCCCUACCUCCUUCUAGUAUUUCUGUUUUGUGUUUUUGUAGUUGUGAAUGGUGGGAUUGUUAUUGGCGAUCGAAGUAGUCAUGAAGCCUGUCUACAUUUUCCUCAACUCUUCUACUUUUUCUCUUUUACUCUCUUUUUUUCGUUUCCUCACCUACUGUCUCCUAGCAAAAUUAGGGCUUUUCUUUGCUUAGUUUGGAAACGUAGAAUUCAGUUUUUUAUGAUUACCUUAGUCUCUCUGUUUUUAGUUUGGAAAUUCACUUAUGCUCAUAAAUACUUGCUCUCAGAUAAUAGACAUUACACAUUCUAUGUAUGGAAAAGAGUUUUUCAAAGAUAUGAAAUUGUGAAAUACUUGUUAGUUCCAAUAUAUAUAUUUGCUGGUUGGAGUAUAGCUGACUCAUUGAAAUCAAAGUCGAUUUUCUGGAAUUUAAUGUUUUUCGUAUGCUUGUUUACUGUUACGGUACCUCAGAAACUGCUAGAAUUUCGUUACUUCAUUUUACCUUAUGUUAUUUAUAGGCUUAACAUACCUCUGCCACCUAUAUCUAGGCUUGUUUGUGAACUGGGUUGCUAUGCACUUGUUAAUUUCCUAACUUUUUACGUCUUCCUGAACAAGACUUUUCAGUGGCCAAAUAGUCAGGACAUUCAGAGGUUUAUGUGGUAACAUCAGAGAUAUCUUGAAUUCUAAAAAUAGACUGACUGUUUAGACUGUCUCCACAGUGAACAACUGAACAGGUAAAAAUUAUGGACUUUCUUUUGGGCACAAUGGUGAUCCACAGAUCACAUCAGAUUUUUUGUGUUUUAAACAUCAGAUAUAUGUGUUUUAAACAUAUAUAAUAAAUCCGAGGAAGUGGGAAAGAACUGAGAAGAGUUUAAGAUUUGCUCCAUAAGCCUGAAUAAUGGAAAAUGAAAUUGUUUACAGUUAUUUCAUGAUACCUCUUUGGUACUGCUGGCCACUCAAAAAGUUUGAAAACAUUUUACAGGUACAAGUUUGAGAAAAUUGAACUUUAUAGUACUGAAACUUAUUUAUUUAUUCUCUUCAGAAAGCAGUA